CCUACCUCUCUCCCCAUGUGCACUGUCGGUCUCUCGAAUUAUAUCUUAUACAGUACAAGUCUUUGCAAUUAUACGGUAUGCUUUACGUUCUACAUUUUACACUAGACACAAAAACAGUUCAGAAAAAGUCCCAUUACUUCUGCUAUACUGUGUAAAUGAGCCAGCGUAGGAUGAGAUUUUCAUAACGACAACUACAGCUACGGUCGCAACGAUGUUCAUUCUGACAAAGAUUGCCGAUCUGGUGCAGAUCAGGCCAGACAAUUUUGAGAAGCCCAGCCAUAUCGCGAUAGAAGACAGCAUCAAUGCUAAGUAUGCGAACCGGGUAAUCCAGAAGAUCGGUCUUUGUAUCUGCAUGUAUGACCUACUAUGGGCGUCUGAGGGUCUCAUCGGCCAUGGAAGUGGUAUGGUUAAUGUCAACGUCGAGUUUCGUAUGAUCGUCUUCAGGCCCUUCAAGGGUGAGACCGUGUUUGGGAGGAUCAGUGAAGCCAGUCAAGAUGGAAUCCACAUCCGCACUGAAUUCUUUGAAGAUAUAUUUGUGGAGUAUAAGGAGUUACCCGAAAACACACAAUACAACCAUAAUGAGAAUGCGUGGACAUGGAUCUAUGACCCCGAGGGUGAUCCGAUGUGGUACGACAAGAACGAGAUGGUUCGCCUCCAGGUAAUUGAAGAGGAAUGGCACGACCAGACUCCUGAGAGUGCCGAGGAAGAAGCAGUCGACAAGGCGAAGAAGCUAUCCCCUUACCGCAUAAAGGGGACUAUGAUGAAGGAAGGUCUCGGGGUCUGUUUGUGGUGGGAGUGAUUUCAUAGGUGCUUUCUUUAACUAACUGUAUACAACUGCAUAUGGUGGCGUUUGGUUGGGAAUCGCUACUUGCGUAGGUUUGGCUGAUUAGCUACUCAGCCCUCUUAUUUAGACUUGAUACCCUCGAGUAAUCGAUCUUCUACUCCGUCCAAG